AUGGGAGAUUCAAGUAGCAAAACAACCGCCCAGAAGACUAGUUUCAGCCCUUUUAGGUAUAGUAGCAGGCUAUGCCAUCGAGGCUGCCGCGAGAUACGUCUCAUCACAAUCACACCGUACGACCCCGAGUUUACAACAGCACAUUUCGAAAUAAAACUUCUGGAGUUUGAUGUUGAUCAAGCUCCAGCAUAUCAAGCGCUUUCUUACUGCUGGGGAGGACAACAGCCAAGUAUAGGAGUCAUCUGCAACGAUCUACUCCUCCUGAUUACUACCAAUCUUUUUCAGGCACUGUGGAUGUUGAGUCUGAAUAUGUCCGAGCCAACGUUUUUAUGGGUCGAUGCUAUAUGCAUCAACCAAUCCGAUGAUGACGAGAAGAACAUCCAAGUCGGAUUGAUGCGAGAUAUCUACGCAACAGCGCGUAAAGUGCAUGUUUGGCUCGGUCUCGACUCGACCGGAGAAGAUGUUAAAGAGGCAAUGCGUUUUCUCACACUUGUGCACGAGGUGGUGAAGGACACCAAUUACGAUUUUGAUGAAAAGAGGGAUGAUCGGGAAGCUUUACGUCGUAUGCUUCCAUGGACGCUCAUUCGAAAUAUGGACCACUACCGGCAUCUGAAUUAUCUGCUAAAGCUUCCAUGGUUCUCCCGAGUAUGGAUCGUCCAGGAGGUUGCCGUGUGCCAAGAUGCGCUCGUGUAUUGUGGUUCUUCUGAAAUUCCCUGGAGCAAGCUGGUUCUGGCCCUGCGAGUCCUUUAUCGUCUUGAAUUGUUACUUCAAAUGACGCUUUAUACCCCAGAAGAUCCCACAGGAGAGAAGCUCAUUUACCUUGGGCACUUUCUUUGCACUUGUUCUUCUGAUAAGGAUCAAAUGCCUAAACCGGGGCUUUUCGGUAUGCUCGUUCGUCACAGGUGGGCCUUGGCCACUGAUCCAAGAGACAAAGUUUAUGGUUUACUAGGACUGCUUGAUGAGGAUUCGAGCCUGGGAUUAAAGCCGGAAUAUGGCCUCGACGUGGCUGAUAUAUUUCUGCAAGUUGCAACCUCCAUUCUAAAAGGGUCUUAUUUUCUUGAUCUAUUGAGCGUUCCGCAAAAUCUGGGUUCGAAGAUAAACCUUCCUUCAUGGGUUCCAGACUGGUCACACGGCCCCUCUAGUUUUCUCUUACUGCGGCUCAUGCAUCCGAAAGACUUUUAUUUUCAUUUCAAAUCAUCUGGUGCAACCAACUCUAAAGGUAAUUUCAAAAUUCAUGGACACGUCCUUGAGGUCCAGGGCUGGCCUUUCGACACGGUCGAGGAAAUCGGCCCGGAAAUCCUGCAGAGUCCUGGACGUCUGGAAGAAGGUUUCGUGGGUCUUUUUGCAAGAAUUUUCUUAAACUUCUACACAUAUCUGGACACCUUUCACGAAUGGCAUAGAAUUUCCCAUUGUGGGCACCACCCUACAUAUCCGAACGGAGAAAAUCGUCUUGAUGUUUUCCUUCAAGCCCUGUUUCAGGAUGACGCGGAAGAGGAAAUCAGUAUAGCAUCACUCCGGUAUCACUUUUGGCUUUUGAAAGUAACUAGAGGAUGGUUUUCUUGUCUUCAACAAACCCAUCUCCAGUACUAUCCUAAGUUAUACAUUCCGCUUCUUCUUGUGGGGACAGUCGUGUACUGGGUGUUUAGUUUAUUAUAUCACCGGCGAAUAUUUGAACCUAGCUCGGGGUAUUUCCAGGGUAAUGUCUUUUGCAGAACCGAGAAGUCUUACAUCGGUGCUGUUCCUCCCGCCACAACGGUUGGAGAUUCCAUUAUGCUUAUUACCGGCUCUCGAGUACCUCUCGUCUUUAGAAGAGUUGGUUCAAACUGGCGCUUAGUAGGCCUUGCUUACGUGCCAGGUUUGAUGGUGGGAGAGGAGUGGGACGAGGAGAAAUGCAGACCAAUCACAAUAAUUUGA